UUUAUGCAAAAACAGCUCCCUGAUGACAUGGGGUGGGUAUAAAUACUUCUUAGCUGCUAGUGUGAUCAUAACUUCGCAGUGAGUUGAAGACUGAGGUUCCCUGGCCCCAGGUAACUCAGCAUCACCGCUCUGAGACCUCUCAACCACCCUUGGGAGGAGCACAGGGCAGUCAGACUCGGCUCCGAGGCUGUCCAGCUGUGUGCUUGUCUGUCCCCUGUGGAGGCAGGGGAGCCAGCGCUCAGUCCCACAGUGAAGAAUCUCUGAGUUUAAGUCCAGAUAAGUGACCUGUUGCAAAGCCACAGAGAUGGCCUGUCCCUGGAAGUUCCUGUUCAAGGCCAAAUCCUACCAGUAUGACGUGACUGAGAAAACGGACAUCAACAACAAUGUGGGGAAGGCCACCCAGGCUCCCUCCAGUCCAGUGACACAGGAUGACCCCAAGUGUCACAGCCUCAGCAAGCACCAGAAUGAGUGCCCCCAGUGUCUCUCGGGGACCACAAAGGCGUCUCCAGAAUCCCUGGUCAAGCUGGACGUGCCCCCAUCGACUGGCCCACAGCAUGUGAGGAUCAAAAACUGGCACAAUGGGAUGACUUUCCAAGACACUCUUUACCACAAGGCCAAGAGGGACAUCCAUUGCAAGACCAAGUCUUGCCUGGGAGCCAUCAUGAACCCCAGAAGCAUGACCAGAGGACCCAGGGAUAAGCCUACCCCUCCAGAUGAGCUUCUACCUCAAGCUAUCGAAUUUGUCAACCAGUAUUACAGCUCCUUCAAAGAAGCAAAAAUAGAGGAACAUCUGGCCAGGCUGGAGGCAGUAACAAAGGAGAUAGAAACAACAGGAACCUACCAGCUGACGGGAGAUGAGCUCAUCUUUGCCGCCAAGCAGGCCUGGCGCAAUGCCCCCCGCUGCAUUGGGAGGAUCCAGUGGUCCAACCUGCAGGUCUUUGAUGCCCGGAGCUGUUCCACUGCCCAGGAAAUGUUUGAGCACAUCUGCAGGCACCUGCGGUAUGCUACCAACAGCGGCAACAUCAGGUCGGCUAUCACGGUGUUCCCCCAGCGGAGUGAUGGGAAACACGACUUCCGGGUCUGGAACGCUCAGCUUAUCCGGUAUGCUGGCUACCAGAUGCCUGAUGGCACCAUCAGAGGGGACCCUGCCUCAGUGGAGUUCACCCAGCUGUGCAUCGACCUGGGUUGGAAGCCCAAGUAUGGUCGCUUUGAUGUGGUGCCUCUGGUGCUUCAGGCUGAUGGCCGUGACCCUGAGCUCUUCGAGAUCCCACCUGACCUCGUGCUUGAGGUGCCCAUGGACCAUCCCAAGUACGAGUGGUUCCAGGAGCUGGAGCUGAAGUGGUAUGCCCUGCCUGCCGUGGCCAACAUGCUGCUCGAGGUGGGUGGCCUUGAGUUUCCAGGGUGCCCCUUCAAUGGCUGGUACAUGGGCACGGAGAUCGGGGUCCGGGACUUCUGUGAUGUCCAGCGCUACAACAUCUUGGAGGAAGUGGGCAGAAGGAUGGGCCUGGACACGCACAAGCUGGCGUCACUCUGGAAAGACCGGGCUGUCAUUGAGAUCAAUGUCGCUGUGCUUCACAGUUUCCAGAAGCAAAAUGUGACCAUCAUGGACCACCACUCAGCCGCAGAGUCCUUCAUGAAGUACAUGCAGAAUGAGUAUCGGUCCCGGGGGGGCUGCCCAGCUGACUGGGUUUGGCUGGUCCCCCCGAUUUCUGGCAGCAUCACCCCUGUGUUCCAUCAGGAGAUGUUAAACUAUGUCCUGUCCCCUUUCUAUUACUACCAGGUGGAGGCCUGGAAAACCCACAUCUGGCAGGAUGAGAAGCUGAGACCCCGGAAAAGAGAGAUUCGAUUCAAAGUCUUGGUUAAAGCCGUGCUUUUCACCUCAGUGCUGAUGCGCAAGACCAUGGCGUCCCGAGUGAGAGCUACUGUCCUCUUUGCCACCGAGACGGGAAAAUCAGAAACCCUGGCCCGGGACCUAGGGAACCUGUUCAGCUGUGCCUUCAACCCCAAGGUUUUCUGCAUGGAUGAGUACAGGCUGAGCAACCUGGAGAAGGAGCAGCUCCUGCUCGUGGUGACCAGCACUUUUGGGAAUGGAGACUCCCCUGGCAACGGCGAGAAACUGAAGAAAUCCCUCUUCAUGCUGAAGGAGCUCACUAACAAGUUCAGGUAUGCUGUGUUCGGGCUCGGCUCCAGCAUGUACCCUCAGUUCUGCGCCUUUGCUCAUGACAUUGACCAGAAGCUGUCCCAGCUGGGUGCCUCCCAGCUCGCCCCGACAGGGGAAGGGGAUGAGCUCAGUGGGCAGGAGGAGGCCUUCCGCAGUUGGGCUGUGCAAACCUUCAAGGCAGCCUGUGAGAUGUUCAGUGUCCAAGGCAGACACUGCAUCCAGAUCCCCAAGCUCUACACCUCCGAUGUGACCUGGGACCCGCACCACUACAGGCUUGUGCAGGACUCACAGCCUUUGGACCUCAACAAAGCCCUCGGCAGCAUGCAUGCCAAGACGGUGUUCACCUUGAGGCUCAAGUCGAGGCAGAAUCUACAGAGCCCGAAAUCCAGCCGUACCACCCUCCUGGUGAAACUCUCCUGUGAGGGCAGCCAAGGUCUGAGCUACCUGCCUGGAGAGCACCUUGGGGUUUUCCCAGGCAACCAGCCGGCCCUGGUCCAAGCUGUCCUGGGGAGAGUGCUGGAUGGCUCUGCACCCCACCAACCUGUGCGCCUGGAGACCCUGGGCGAGAAUGGCAGAUACUGGGUGGGGGACAAGCGGCUGCCCCCCUGCUCACUCAGCCAGGCCCUCACCUACUUCCUGGACAUCACCACCCCCCCAACCCAGCUGCUGCUCCGAAAGCUGGCCCAGCUGGCCACCGAGGAGGCGGAGAAGCAGAGGCUGGAGACCCUGUGCCAGCCCUCGGAGUACAGCCAGUGGAAGCUCAGCGACAGCCCCACGUUCCCGGAGCUGCUGGAGCAGUUCCCGUCCCUGCAGGUGCCUGCCAGCUUCCUGCUCUCGCAGCUCCCGCUCCUGCGGCCCCGGUACUACUCCGUCAGCUCCUCCAGGGACCGCACGCCGUCGGAGGUGCACCUCACCGUGGCUGUGCUCGCGUACCGCACCCGAGAUGGCCAGGGUCCCCUGCACCACGGUGUCUGCAGCACUUGGCUCAACAACCUGAAGCCCCAAGACCCGGUGCCCUGCUUUGUGCGAAGUGCCAAUGGCUUCCAGCUCCCGGAGGACCCCUCCCGUCCUUGCAUCCUCAUCGGGCCAGGCACGGGCAUCGCCCCCUUCCGCAGUUUCUGGCAGCAGCGACUCCAUGAUGUCCAGCACAAAGGGCUUCAGGGCAGCCGCCUGACGCUGGUGUUCGGGUGCCGCCGCCCGGAUGAGGACCACAUCUAUAAGGAGGAGAUGUUGGAGAUGGCCCGGAACAGGGUGCUGCAUGAGGUGCACACAGCCUAUUCUCGCCUGCCUGGCCAGCCCAAGGUGUAUGUUCAGGACAUCCUGAGGCAGCAGCUGGCCAGUGAGGUGCUCCACGUGCUCCACGAGGAGCAAGGCCACCUCUACGUCUGUGGGGACGUGCGUAUGGCCCGGGAUGUGGCCCAAACCCUGAAGCAGCUGGUGGCUGCCAAGCUGAGCCUGAGUGAGGAGCAGGUCGAGGACUAUUUCUUCCAGCUUAAGAGCCAGAAGCGCUAUCAUGAAGACAUCUUUGGUGCUGUAUUUCCCUAUGAGGUGAAAAGGGGUGGGGCAUCCCAGUGAGCCCAGAGCUCCAACAGGAAGCGUGCAGCAAAGCACACAGGAAAAGUUGAAGCUGCUGCCACGGAAUUUAAUGAUGGACUCAACUUUUGAUUAUCUGAAGCCCCCAGGGCCGGAGGAGAUGGAGGGGAACUAUAUCCCCAAGCCUCUCAUCUUAUUUCCCUAUCUCUUCCUCCCCCCCAACCCUUUACUCAGUCUGCUACCAAGCAGCAGCCCGGACUGAAUGGAACUCUUGUUUCCCUUGAGCCCACCCCUCCCCGAAUAAUGGAGAGUUGGGACCUCCCUGAUCCCUUGAAGACUAAACCUGCGAUGCCAGGCCUGGCCCCGGGUGAACCUUCUUCUGAUCGCACCACUUUGAGCGGCCACCAGGGGGCGCUGUCGCAUCACCCUGUAUUUAGUGGCCUCCAUGUACAGUUAUUUAUGUCUCUAUUUAAAAAAACAAGCCCAAAUGCUUCUUAGAGCCAAUUGGGCCUUCCUUGUAUGACUCCUUGAUGGAGAUAUUUAUGUGAAAUACAUUUUAUUUUAACCACAUUGUAGGUGUGCGUGUGGCUGUUUUGUAGGGAAAGCAGCGCUGUUUAUAUAUAGAGUUGGGACUGGUGGGUGUCACAGCCUGGACAAAAAUUCCCCACAAAGGACAAACCAGCUCAUCCUUGCUGCUUCCGAAAUGGCUUCCAGGUACGGGGGCAGCACGUGGGGCUUUGGACACAUCUGAAAUGCAUGAUGGGAGCCAGGGGACACAGGUUUGCCUGCAGGGUCCGUGCUGUGCCUCCCGUAGGAAGAAGCAUCCACACAGGCGUUGGGCAGAGGUGAAGCUGCACGUGUCAGUUCUUUAGCGAAGGCCUGUCCACAGCCUGUUUUAGAGAGUCACUGUAUUUUACUUGCUUGUUUCAUGAGAGGUUGGCCAAUAAUGCUUAGGCACCUGGGUGACAAGGAUUUGGCAGCGAGUGAAAGAUAGACAUGGUUCAGGGAAGUGCUUCUUAAGGGAAUGAGCCAUGUUUCCUUCUCCCAUUGAGAACAAGGAACUCAUCCAGGGGAUAAGUUGGGGGUGUGGCAAAAUAGCUCUCAGCUUGCGUUUGGCCUCUCUUGUGCCGGCUCCCUGGCCUGCGUCUCCUCUCCCCCUGUGCUAGGCAGAUGGGGUGGUGGGGAGACCAAGGGCCAUGCCAACCGGCAUCGCCCCAGCAGUGCCUCUUCAGAACAUCAUAGUCAGGAACAGCGCCCCCUAGGUUAGCACUCUGCCGUGCACGCAGACCACCUGGGCCCUUGUUCCAAUGCAGACUCUCACCCAGGAGGUCUGUGGCAAGGCCUGAGAGUCUGCAUUUCUGAUAAGCUCCCAGGCCCACGGGCUAUGCUGUGAGCCCCACCGUGGUUCCUGAGGCACCAGAUUCUUGAUGGAGUUAGGAUGUGGAUGCAGAGCCCGGCCCCCCUGACUGGCCCAGAGGCUGGCAGAACCCUGCACAUGGAGCCACAUUCCGUACCACACCCUAGUCCUGGGGUGCCCACAUGAAACACGAGGGCUCUUACGAAUCAGCGUCUUACCCUACCGCCGCAUCCUCCUGCUGGGACACACCCUCUGGCCUCCUGGCACCUCCUGCCGAGGUCCUCCCAGGCUCUGGCCCAGCCCUUGGCUCAUGUCAAGUGUGGGGCUGUUCCCUAGGUUCUUCUUUGCUGCACGCUUCCUGUGUCAGAGAUUCCUGCCCAAGAGACUUGAGCCCAGCCUGCUUCACCUCCA